UCCAAUAUAAGGAGCAUGUUUAACCCUUUAAAUCAACUUGAAAAUAUAUAAAUAAAUAAAUUAUCUUGUUCCCUAAUUGUUGUUCCUUUUACAAAAUUAGACAGAAAGUGACCCUAAAAUGCAAUUUGAUACAACUUGAAAUCAUAAACUUAACCUAAAUUCAACAUUUCACUUAAAUCAAAUCUAGGGAGUAUAACCCAAUCUUUCUACUUGAACUCAAUGCAAAUCCGAUUAAAUCAGCCAACAGUCAAACUCGGAUGAAGCAAGCGAAUCCACGUAUCCAAAACAACAAAAAAAAAAUCUGGCAACAUAACCGCGGAAUUGAAGGCAGGGUCUAGUGCGUAACUUAAAAGCGUUAGUGAUUGGAUAUGGCGUCGGCUAUUUUGGGGCCAAAACCAUUGUUUUCCACUCAUCUAGUAGUUCGAGCAGUUCAUAGCCCAGCCAAGGAUACUUCUUCUUCUUCAAUGGCGGCGACUUCUCCGAAAUGGGCACAGAAAACCAUUACUCUCUCGCCUUAUCGUCGUGGCUGUCAUCUCAUUACCUCUAAAGUACUGAAGGAAAUUGAAAAAGAUUUAUCUGAAUUCAAUUGUGGGCUUGCUCAUCUUUUCUUGCAACAUACUAGUGCUUCUCUGACCAUAAAUGAAAACUACGAUCCUGAUGUUCAAGAAGACACUGAGACAUUUCUCAACAGGAUUGUUCCAGAGGGUAGUUCAGCUCCAUGGAGGCACACGAUCGAAGGACCUGAUGACAUGCCUGCUCAUAUCAAGUCAUCAAUGUUUGGCUGUGCUUUGACGAUCCCAAUCAGUAACGGGAGGCUUAACAUGGGAACCUGGCAGUAACGGGUUGAUGCUGUUGUACCAUCAAAGAUCGUCUGAAACCAUGAGAUGUCCUUGAACCAGCCUUAAACAUGAAUUUUUUUAGCCUUUAAGAUGUGGAUAGUAUCUGUUCAGUAAGUUUGAAAACGUUUAUGUGUUGGUUCAUAUGAUACAAUACGAUGAACUUUGUCUUUGCACUACGGUCCCUUUCAAUUACUCCAUACCUGUUCACCUCUUAUCCACGAGUACGAGAAAACAAUGAAUAGUUUUUGUAAAAACCUGGUAAAUGAAUGUUUUAUAGCCGGGACUCGGGAGCUGAAAUUAAACAUAGAUGAUGUUAGUGGCAAUUACAGUGGUGAUGAGGCAAUGGUGGUGAUGUCCGAGUUGUAGCAGUUAUGGCCGGGUGGCAGUGAAGGUGGGAUUUUGCCUUCGAAUUUCUGAAAUGACAAUUGAAAGAAUAAAGGCCUAGAAUACUCCAUGACUAGACUUCACAACAAAAUAUAUGAAUUGCUUAUUUUGGGUAAUGAUAUAUAACCCUUUGGGAGUUAGGUUGUGUAUUAGAAGUAAAAAGUAGAAAUAUUUUGGUGAAAGUUAAGUAUUAAACACUUUUAUUUUAUAAGUUGAAUUGAAAUCAUAAGACAAAUCUAUUUUCGAGAAACAAUUUGAUGUUUGUUUACUUCCUUUGUAUUUAUCAUUUCCCUUGUUUCAAUGUGAGCAAGAAGAAAAUAUUAGCGCAGUAAAAUAGCAAUAGGUUUGUUUUGUUUUUUUUUUGGAUAAGUGGAAAACCAAAUUUGUUUUUACUUUUUCAAAAAUACGAACUGAAAAUAAUACCGAACAAAAACUUAAUUUUACUAUAUCAGUAGCGAUGAAGUAUAGUACUAUAAAAGUGCCUUAUGCCAAGUAUUAUUAGUUCAUUUGCUCUACUAUCUAAAAUUUGAUAUUUGAUUAUUUAACUAUAAUUCUGAGCUAUUGAGUAAAUGUCUCCAAUGUGAAGGCAAGAUAUAUACUCCUCUGUCCCUCUCAAUUUGCAUCGCUUUCCAUUUUAGUUUAAUCCACUCAUUUUGCACCAUUUUUCUUUUUGGCAAUUGUCCUACUUUUUUUCUUUUAAUCAUAUUCACAAACUUAUUAUUUCUCUCCAUUUUAACAAUUCAUUUCUAUCAUCCACUUGUUUAUUGCCUUAUUCUCCAACUCAAUUACCCUUUCUACUAAAUUUCACCCAAAACAUUUCGGGUGCAUUUUCAUAGGAAGGGAGGGAGUAACAAGUAAUGCAUGCAACAUUGUGGCAUCCUUGGCGGUUUACUUGGUUUAGCUCUUUCUGAAGUCAUUUCUGCUGUUUUUAUUGCCUAAUUUUCCAAGUAAUUUGGUGUUUGUGAAUAUUGUGACUCAGGGGAUAUGGCUGUGCGAGCAUCGUGAUCAUCCAACUCCACGCAGAGUAGUAGUUACUCUUAAUGGAAUAUAGUGGGCAUUGAAUGUUGCUAUGUGAAGUAUUAUACUUCUACCAGCUCUAUAUACUUGUAUAAUAAGUGUUUGUCUUUAGUUGAUGGUGCUCUUAUCAUGGUGUCCAAUGGUGGGGCAUUUGUCCAAGUGUAUUCUUUUACAUAUGUAAUAUUUUCCCAAAAUAAUGCUCUCAUAGACCCGAAUUCCCAAUGUUAGUCCCUAAAAUUUAUAUAUUUCGAAGUAUUAUACACGUAUGUAAUAUUGGACCCUAAGGGUUUGGCUCGAUCCUAAUUUCAGGGUUUGGAUCCACUUAUAUCAUAA